UGUAAGAUGGUGGUCAGAGGGUACUGCUGCUGCUGUACACACAGAGGCUGAAAGAAUAUACAGGCGUUUUCCCCUUCAGAGCAGAUACUGAAAACAAACGCCGAAAGAUUUCAAGGUGUCUGCUGUCAUAAAGCUCAGAGAGUCCAGUAAGAUAAUCAAUCCCUGCCCAAUUUGUUCUGUGAAUAUCCCUUGGAGAAGAAUCCCAGCAAAUAGACAGGCCCUUGAGCUCCGGCCCCACACCCGCCGUAAGAACGAAGGACCGUAUCGGCAUCGGCGUCCCUCCCCCUAUUCCCUGCUGCCUCUCGCUCCUCCUCGAGGGCUCCUGCUCCUCCUCUCCGCCGCCGCUGCCACCGCUGCGUCUCCCCUGCCGUAGGAUGUCCCGCAGCCCCGAGCUGAAGGACGACCCCAUGGAGUGCCCCCUGUGUAUGGAGCCGCUGGAGAUCGACGACGUCAACUUCUUCCCCUGCACCUGCGGCUACCAGAUCUGCCGCUUCUGCUGGCACCGCAUCCGCACAGACGAGAAUGGCCUCUGCCCCGCCUGCAGAAAGCCAUACCCAGAGGACCCGGCCGUGUACAAGCCGCUGUCCCAGGAGGAACUGCAGCGGAUCAAGAACGAGAAAAAGCAGAAGCAGAACGAAAAGAAGCAGAAGAUCACGGAGAAUCGCAAGCACCUGGCCAGCGUGCGCGUUGUCCAGCGUAACCUGCUCUUCGUGGUGGGGCUGUCGCAACGACUCGCCGACCCCGAGGUUUUAAAGAGGCCAGAGUAUUUUGGGAAGUUUGGGAAGAUUCACAAAGUGGUCAUCAACAACAGCACAUCAUACGCAGGCUCACAGGGUCCUAGUGCCAGUGCAUACGUCACUUAUAUCCGCUCAGAAGACGCCCUUAGAGCUAUACAGUGUGUCAACAAUGUAGUAGUUGAUGGCAGAACUCUUAAGGCUUCUUUAGGUACAACAAAAUACUGCAGUUAUUUUCUGAAGAGCAUGCAGUGUCCCAAACCAGACUGCAUGUAUCUACACGAGUUGGGAGAUGAGGCGGCUAGUUUCACAAAAGAGGAGAUGCAGGCGGGAAAGCAUCAAGAAUACGAACAGAAGCUCCUUCAGGAGCUCUACAAACAGAACCCUCACUUCCUGCAGACCUACACAGGCGAGAAGACGAAGGGCAAGUCCAACUCCACACAGAGGCCCAACAGUAACAACAAAGAUGCGUGGCCGUCGUUACAACCGUCAGGGAAGACAGCCAAUGGGCUGACAGAACACCGCAAAACCCCACCCUUGGACGGAGGCUCAGACUCCGACCACAUGACGCCUGACGGAGCGGACUCAGACCUCGGCCUAGGCUCUGUCCCCGCCCUCUCGCCCUUUUCCUCAAACUGUGACCCCUCCAGCCCCACUGAUAAAUCUUCAGAAGCCAUCAGCAUAGGAAACGGAGACGCCACCCAGCAGAUCCCCAGCAGUGACUCGCCGUCGCCCCCACCUGGCCUGUGCAAGCCCAGCCUGGUGGCGCCCAUCAGCGUGCCCGGGCUGACGGCUCGCUCGCCCUUUGAGGGCGCGGCCGCCGAGUCCCAGUCGCUCUUCUCGGACAACAGUAACUUCCGGCACCCCAACCCCGUGCCCAGCAGCCUGCCUGGCUUCCCCAGCUCCCCGCACAGUGGCGGCAGCGACUGGCCCACCGCCCCCGAACUGUUCGCCUCAGACACCAUCCCGGUGUCCUCCUCCACAGAUUGGCAGGCAGCCUUCGGCUUCGGCUCGUCCUCCAAGCAGCAGCAGCAGGAGGACGACCUGGGCUUCGACCCCUUCGACAUCACGCGCAAGGCCCUGGCCGACCUCAUCGAGAAGGAGCUCUCCGUGCAGGACAAGGCCGCGCUGGUGUCCUCCUCGUCGGGUUUCGGGCUCCCGCACAACCCCUUACUCCCCCAUCCUCACCACCACCACCACCCUCACCACCACCAUCACUACCACCACCACCACCACCACCACCCAGGCCUACCCCCCGCCUCCCCCUCGUCUGCCUCUAAACUUGGGGGGGCUCUACCAGGCCCGCCCGGUGCCUCUCAUUUCCUCCUGAACUGUGUGCCCCCACAAUCUCUUCAUCAGCCCCCAACAAGAUUCUCUCAACUGCAGCUCCAACAGCAGCAGCAGCAGCAGCAGCAGCAGCGCUCCGUCUACAGCUCCUUUAGUUUCCCUGGGCAGACGGCAACGUCUCCCUCGCACCCGGGGUCAGGUCCUGCCGCCUCUCUGCCCCCAGCCGCUGCGGCCGCCUCCCGCCUGCCCUGGCUGGCAAUGCCCAUGCGCAGCAACCCCACGCACUUGAAGCACGCCGCUGCAGGUCCAAACACCACCAUAGCCAACUCCGUUGCUGCUGCCUCUGCCAUUGUGCCUCCUUCCUCGGCCGGUGGCUUCUUGGACUUGAGCUUGCCAUCGCAACAGCUACAGCAACACAGCACAGGGCUGGGAGGCAUCCACAUCACAGAGAGCAGUGGCUCGGUGGAGAGCAUAAAUGUGAAAGAGUGGCAGGACGGCCUGCGCGCACUCCUGCCCAACAUCAACAUCAACUUCGGCGGUCUGCCCAACUCCUCGUCUUCCUCUUCCUCCUCCUCCUCCUCUUCCUCUUCUUCCUCCUCCUCUUCCUCCUCCUCCUCCUCCACCAGUGUCAACCACACAGGGGCGCCGUCCAGCACCCCGGGCAUCUCGCACAGCCUAAGCUGGGAUGGCACAGCCAGCUGGAUGGACCCCGCCAUCAUCACAGGAAUCCCGGCGUCCUCGGGCAACAGUCUGGACUCGCUCCAGGACGAUAACCCGCCCCACUGGCUCAAGUCGCUGCAGGCGCUCACCGAGAUGGAUGCUCCCUCCUCCAGUGCCAUCUCCACCACUGCUGGCCCCUCCCAGCCCACCCACAACGGGCCCUUUGGGGCCUCCCAACCCCCCCACAAUGGGCCCUUUGGGGCCUCCCUGCCCCCCCACAACGGGCCCUUUGGGGCCUCCUUGCCCCUCCACAGAGCUGGCUGGGCGCCUUACGCGUCCUCAGCCAACGCCCCCAGCCAGUUCCACUCGCCGCCCCCUGGCUUCCAGAGCCCCUUCAGAUCCACAGCUCAAACCGCAACAGAUCUGCUACAGAGCGCUGGCAUGGACCGACACUAGGGACUGUGAAACUCCCCAACCCCCCUCACACACACACAUCCCACUCUAGCCCUACAGAGAACACAAAAACACACACACACACACAGAAAAACCGAAUCAGUACAGACAACUAUUAACAAAAGUAAUCAUAACAAGAUUAUAUAUUCAUAUUUUUUCUUCCUCCUUCUGGUGUCUCGAUCUCUUCUUUCUUUCUUUAUUCUUUUUUUCCUCUCCGCCUCUCUCAUGUCUUUUUUGUUUGUUGUUGUUGUCGGGUUUGGCCUGUUGGCCUUUAUGUCCUGCCCUCCAGUGAGCCCUCCCUAGUCAGUCUGACCAACAUCUGAUCAGCACAGCUACUGGCCUAGUUCUCCGAACCGACAGCCCUUAGGGAAUCAGCGUUCGUAUUUUUUUUAACCUGCUUAAUACGGCUAAACAACUGUGCUGUUAACCAGAAUGUAGACACCGCUUUGAGUAUGAUUCAAACUGAUAAGGAUAGAACUGGAAGAACUGGAAACGUUUUUUUUUUUUUUUUUUUUUUAUUAUAUUAAAUAAGCAAUUAAGGAUGGCUGGAAAUAAUGUUUUCGGAGUUGAUGUGUAAGUGUUUAAACAGGAAAAAGAUGAGCCUGCCUUGAAAAAGCCAAAUGAGAAUACAUAUCUAUUGUCUGCCCAGAGCAAUAGGUUCCUCCCGUGGGCCGGAUGCCCAGCUUCUUAUGCCUUAAUCAAGUUGAGUUCUGCAGCAAUCAUAAUUUUUGAUUCUCUGAUGGAGUGGGCACUUGUUUGUUUUAUUAUGAUCAGUUUUAAUGUCUUUAUGUUCUAACAAAAUGGAGAAGAAAAAUGGAAAAACAACAAAAAAAAAAUCAAGAUGCAGAAAGGAAUUAUGCAGAGGAUUGAGAAAAAGCAAAAGCACUUUCUUUGAGGGUUUAGGCUCUUAUACACACAUAUGUACUGCUAACAGGAGAAGGGGGUUUCUUGGGUCCUGAAUGUUGUCGUCUUGUAUGAGACAGGCAUGGACGUAAAUGCUAGUCAGGCCUUUUGAAGAGGUUGAACUCCUGUGCCAAGCCCCGCACGGGACCGUAUGGAAGCGUCGCCAAUGGGUGCAUUUCCUCAGCCCCAAGACCCUCCCACUGAUGCGAUGAGAUUGGAUGAGAGAGUGAGAGUGUUGUGUAACACCCCCCUCCACCUGAUUGUGACACCACUAUGAACCUCUGUAUCAGAGGGUAGUGUCUUGCAAAGCCCAGGUGGAGUGGGUGGGUGGGUGUGGCAGGGGUUGCCUUAAUUUAGAAAAGGACCUUGGCAUACAGGGGUGUGUGACUCCUUAUAAAAAAGGCAGGGGGGCAGACGUAGAUUGAGGGUGCACCACUGUGUGGUGCCCAUCAGAACUGGCCCAAUGGUGGUUAAAGGGGGUUGCAUGGGCAAAGCACAAGGACACAGCACUAAUUUGCUCUGGCCAGGCCUCAGCCUUGCGCCCCCUCGACUCAGUUGGCCCCAUAGAGACCGGCCUGGAACAGCAGCAGAAACCAAGAGAAUGCAAGGUGAAUGUAGUCAAAGACAGCAAAAAAAAAUAAAAUAAUAAUGGUAGGGACCAUUUAGCGUAUCUGGGUUAAACACAAUCACACUCCCUUUCUCUUUGUGGUGUGUGCGCAUGUACGCUGGUAUACUCCAGUGGUCUCAUUAGCCUGGGCAGGUUGGAGUCUUGGAGGCAGUGUCUGCUGAAAUGGCAGACAACAACAAAAAAAAAUAAAAACGAAAACCUGGGCAUCCCGACAGAGGAGGGCGGGUGCUAUCUUCUCACCUUAUUCUCUUCCCUUUACUUUACUCCCCCCCCCCCUCUUUCUGUUUAACCUUCUCAAUUUUUCUUUUUAAUGAUCUUAGAUCCUUUCUCUCUGUGUAGGUUCUUGCCAACUGUUCAGUAUUCCACAGUAUUCAAGAGGAAUAAGUAAGUUAAUUUUUCAAAACAGAAUCCAGUGCCGUUAACUAUGGAUUUACACAAAUUCUAAACCGUAUGGAAGAUUGAGACGACGUGCUUAAAGGAGUUGUACCUCACAACAGGUCUUGAAGAAAAAGAAAAAGAGAAAAACUAAAUCUUAAAUAAAAGAGAAAAACAUCA